AUGCAUCUCAAGUCUUAUGUGACAGCCGUCCUAUACGGGCUACCCGUCCUGGCCAAUGCUGUCCCACCACCAUCUCUCUCACCAUCUACUGCGGGCUCAGAUGCCGAUCACUUCAAAAGCUAUACGAUCAAGGCAGAAAACAUCACUGCCACACUGAUUCCGUACGGAGCGCGUCUCACGUCCUUGCUAGUUCCAGAUCGCGACGGCAACGUCCAAGAUGUGGUCGUUGGCUACGAUGACCCUAAAGAAUAUCUGCAUGAUAGUGAGACCAAUCGCACGUUCUUUGGCGCGGUUGUCGGUCGCUAUGCCAACCGUAUCAAGAAUGGUUCCUUCACCAUUGAUGACAAGAAUUAUCACGUUCCUGAGAAUGAAAAUGAUGGCGUGGACACCCUCCACGGUGGUUUCAUCGGAUACGACAUGCGCAACUGGACAAUCACUUCACAUAGCGAUUCCUCUAUCACCUUCACCUUGCUCGAUCAAGGCUUUGAGAAGUUCCCAGGAGAUGUCAUUACUCAUGCUACUUUCAGCGUGUCCGCCGAGAAAACUCAAUCCAAUCCCAAGGGACUUCCCCAGUUGACCUCAAAGCUGGUGGCUCUCUCUCUGACCGAAAAGACCCCCAUCAUGCUGGCCAACCACAUCUACUGGAACCUGAACGCGUUCAAAGAAUCCGACGUGUUGAAGGACACCACCCUACAGCUUCCCCUCUCACGGCGGUUCAUCGGUGGAGAUAGCAUCUUAAUCCCGAACGGCACCAUCCACGACGUUGAAGACACCUACCAAGGAGCUCUGGACUUCACCAGCCCCAAACUAAUCGGCAAGGACAUCGAGAAGACCUACGACCUCUGCGGCGCCGGCUGUACAGGCUAUGAUACAUGUUUCCUCGUCGACCGGCCCUCAACAUACGCGUCGAACUCGCUGGUCAUGGCCCUGAGCGCCUCAUCCAGCUCCACCGGUAUCAGCCUCGACGUCGCUACCAACCAGGCCGCACUGCAGAUCUACACCUGCAGCGGGCAGAAUGGCUCCAUCGCCACCAAGAAGUCGCAGGCGAAGCGCAACGAGGCUAAUGGUGACGCCGGUGCAACCCACGUUAAUAAGUAUGGAUGCUUCGUCAUCGAGACCGAGGACUGGAUCGAUGGUAUAAAUAACCCUGAGUGGGGUCGUGUUCCCUACCAGGUAUUUGGUCCUGAUGAUGGGCCCGCCGUUAACUGGGCUACGUACCAGUUUGGCACUAUCUAG